UUGCUUGACAUCCCACUUCGAUUACCCGUUCGCAUCCGCGAAGCUUCGUAUAGCCUUAGUUGCUAUAUAUAUUGUGAGUCUGUCCCGCAAAGCACGCUGUUAUCCUCGGACCUGCGUAACGCGACUCUGGACUGUAUCGCUCACUGAUUGACAUAUUGAUCUGGUAUAGAACUGUCUAUUCACUGUGCGCACAUCAGACCACUUCGACAUCUGACGACUAUCUACCAUGUCUUCAGACACUGCGGGAAAGACCAUUACCUGCAAGGCCGCUGUCGCCUGGGAAGCAGGAAAAGACUUGACGAUUGAAGAUAUCGAGGUCGCACCUCCAAAAGCCCACGAAGUGCGCAUCCAAAUUUACUACACCGGCGUGUGCCACACAGACGCGUACACGCUCUCCGGCAAAGAUCCUGAGGGCGCAUUCCCCAUUGUCCUGGGACAUGAAGGAGCCGGUAUCGUUGAGAGCGUCGGUGAGGACGUGACAAGCGUGAAGGUUGGUGACAACGUCGUUGCUCUCUACACACCAGAGUGCCGCGAAUGCAAGUUCUGCAAGUCCGGCAAGACCAAUCUAUGUGGCAAGAUCCGCGCCACGCAGGGAAAGGGCGUGAUGCCUGAUGGCACAAGUCGCUUCAAGUGCAAGGGCAAGGAAUUGCUGCAUUUCAUGGGCACCUCGACGUUUUCGCAGUAUACCGUCGUCGCAGACAUUUCCGUCGUGGCUAUCACUGACAAGGCGCCUAUGGACCGCACGUGUUUGUUAGGCUGUGGUAUCACCACUGGCUAUGGUGCAGCCAUCAUCACCGCCAACAAGGGCCAGGGUAUCGAGAAAGGGAGCAACGUGGCCGUCUUUGGCGCCGGAUGUGUUGGUCUGAGUGUGAUUCAAGGUGCGGUGAAGAACGGUGCAGGCAAAAUCAUCGUUGUUGACGUGAAUGAUGCGAAGAAGGAGUGGGCGCACAAAUUUGGCGCAACAGACUUCGUCAACCCAAAGAGUAUUGGCGAUCAGAGUAUCCAGGAGAAGUUGGUUGAGAUGACAGAUGGCGGGUGUGAUUAUACGUUCGAUUGCACGGGUAAUGUGCAUGUCAUGCGUUCGGCGCUCGAGGCCUGCCACAAGGGCUGGGGAGAGUCGAUCAUUAUCGGUGUUGCUGCCGCCGGCCAGGAGAUUGCUACACGACCAUUCCAGCUCGUAACAGGCCGUGUGUGGCGUGGUUGCGCAUUCGGUGGCGUCAAGGGCCGCACCCAACUCCCUGGUCUGGUCGAUGAUUAUAUGCAAGGCCGGCUGAUGGUCGACGAGUUCAUUACCCAUCGCCAACCCCUGGGUGGCAUUAACGAGGCGUUCCAGGACAUGAAAGCCGGAGACUGCAUUCGAUGCGUUGUUGACAUGAGGAAGUUGUAA